AUGGGCAAGCUCCCAACUCACCUCCCAAGGCCAACAAGCCUCCUCGCCCACCGACCCUCCCUCACAACCUGCUCCGGCACCUCGACAACCUCUUCGCCGAGAAUAGGUCUCCCAACCCAACAAUCCCGCGCAGCAACCUUUAUCCCCCGCCCCCGCCGCCCCUACACCUUCACCCAGCUCAUCCAGCUCUCCGACGGAAGCACCUACACCGUCCGCACCACCUCCCCCAGCCCGCUCGUCCGCUCCGCAAAGGACUCCCGCAACCACGCCCUCUGGCAACCCUCGGACAAGUCCCUCAAGAACGUGGAAGUCGACGAGGCCGGAAAACUCGCCGCCUUCCGUGAACGUUUCGGUCGCGGGUUCGAUCUGGCUGCCAAGAAGCCGACGGAGGAGGAGCUUAACGCUGCUGCUGCUGCUGCCGCCGCCGCCCCCGCCCCUACAUCAGGCGCCGCUGGAAAGGGUGCUGCUGUAAAGGACGCUGCCGGAGGAAAGAAGGAUGCUGCUGCUGCUGCCGCCCCCGCAAAGGAGGCCGCGGCACCUGCCCAGCCCGCCGCUACCCCCGAGGACGACGACAUCUUCGACAUGGGCGAUUUGAUCAGCGGGUACGCCGCGAUGCAGCCGCAGCAGGCUGCUAAGGAGCCCCCCAAGAAGGCGGCGGCACCGGAGAAGGGCAAGAAGGGAAAGAAAUAG